AUGUUGAACAAGAAACAGGACAAUUUCGCCGUUAUGGCCACUGGCUAUGGGAAAUCUUUGCUGUACCAAUUUCCGGCCAUAUACUCCCGAGGAACGACUUUAGUGAUAUCGCCGUUGAUUUCCUUAAUGCAAAACCAAGCUCUAUCGUUGAGUGUAGCAAAUAUAUCAGCUUGUUUACUUGGCAGUGCCCAAGCCCACCCAGCAGCUACAAUCGAAGGAAUUUUAAACAAUAAUUAUUCAAUAGUGUAUUUAACUCCAAAGUUUUGUUGGCUCAGAAAACAGUUGUUGUAUGAGAUUAAAAAGCGAUGCCGAUUGGUUCUAAUUGCCGUUGAUGAGGUCCAUUGCGAGAUUUUUGUGGAUGUGCCCGUAUUGGCUGUCACUGUAACCGCAACCAAAAAUGUCUACGAGGACAUUAUUAGUGUUUUGAAACUGCAAAAUCGCCAAGUGAUUUGUCCUGGCUUUGACAGGCCCAAUUUGUAUUUCAAAGUGCGGCCUAAAGAACAGAGCGUUUUGCGAGAUUUGCAAGAAGAUGAUUCGCAAAGAUGGGCAGUGGAUGAAAGAAGUCGUUUGGCGUCAAUAAACGGGUGCAUGCCUUACAUGGGGGCUUCUGAUACUAUUUUGACCAGCAUGUUCAGAUACCCACCCAGAAUUAUAGUAGAGUUGAGGAAAUUGGGAAUUGAAGGCCUCACAGAGGCCAGAAUGAGUAAGUUUAUGCCUCAAUUCUUGAGAUUUAUCAACAAUAUUGAUAACAAUGCAAUCACGAACUUUGAAAUCGAAGAAGAAACAAUUUUUGAAAUGGAGCAAGAUAAUGAUUAUGAAUAUUAUGAUGAUGAUGAUGAUAAUGCUGAUGAUUAUUAUGAUGAUAAUAGUGAUGCAAUAUUUGAAACCGAAAUUUUUUUAAUGGAAGAAAAUUUCGAUGACGUUCUAAUGAAUGAUGAUAAAAAUGAAAUUUUGAUGGCUUUGUGCGACAGAUUGAACAGAAACUUGAUGAAGAAAUCGUGCCUAAAAUUAAAAAGAUGA